AUGUUAAAAGAUUGUAUAGAGUUCGCUAAGGGUUGCCAAGAAUGUCAAGUACAAGCAGGAAUUCAACAUGCUCCUGCAAGGAAGAAGCCAAAAAAUUGGCACAAAACUUUAGAUCAAGCACUUUGGGCUUGUCGAACCUCCCCUAAAGAAGCUACUAACACUACACUUUUCCAACUUACAUUUGGACAUGAUGCAGUAUUACCUGUCGAAAUCUACUUGCAAUCAGUGAGAAUCCAAAGACAAGGAGAAAUUCCAUCUGACCUAUAUUGGGAAAUGAUGAUGAAUGAACUAGUUGAUUUGGACGAAGAAAGGUUGCAUGCAUUAGAAGUAUUAAGAAGACAAAAGGAAAGGGUAGCAAGAGCAUACAAUAAGAGGGUCAAAGGUAAACCUUUCAUUAUGAAUGAUUUAGUUUGGAAAGUUAUAUUACCUAUGGAUCGAAAGAAUAAAACAUUAGGAAAAUGGUCUCCACAUUGGGAAGGACCUUUUCGAAUUUUAAAAGCAUUUUCAAAUAAUGCAUACGAAAUAGAAGAACUAGCAGAGGAUCGAAGAAUCCUAAAAGUAAAUGGGAAAUACUUAAAGAAGUAUAAACCAUUUGUGCAUGAAGUUAAAAUCAUAACAACGUAG